AUGAUUGUUCUACCCAAUUGCCAUCCAAGCUUCUACCACGGCUGGAUAAACGAAAUUCGCCAACUCAUGACAGUACACAAGAGCUUGUACUAUUCCGUACUUGCUUGUAGUGCGUCCCAGCUGCGCUCGCUGUCCGGUACGCAACAGAUGCACGGGCUAGCUUUGGAGUAUUAUUCGCGCGGCAUUGAAACUGUCUCAUCGUUGCUCGCCGUCGAGAGCGCCGCCACUCAUAACGGCCUCCUUAUGACCAUCAUUCUUCUCUACCUGCACGGUUGUCUUGGCCUUACUACCUUCAGCGACAUUCCGCGCCACGUUGAAGCAGCCAUCCAGCUGCUGCGCCUCCGUUUUUUCACUGGCCAUGACGGUGCCAUUCGGCGACCCUUCGACCGCAUUGCCAUCGAGAGCGUCCUGUACCAAGUCUUUCUGACGGCCAUGGGCUCCUGGUGCCAGCGCAUUGAGCAGGACUUCCAUUUCGACGCGGAAUUUUGGCUACAGGCUGAGAAACUCCUAGCUCAGUCCACACUAUUCCCUAGUGAGCCGGCAACCGUCAACAGUCCGGUAUUGGGUGUCCCGAUGUCGCUAUUUCGGUUGGUAUUGUCAAUCAAGCAAAUAUAUCAGGGGCCGAAUCGGCAGGACCAGGAGACCAUCAACCACUUGAGGGAUGAGCUGGAUGAGUGGGAAGCGAUGGUGUUGCGGAACGAUGACUUGGAUCUUGCCGCCUCGCGAAGUGAGCUUUCGCAUUACGAGAUUUACAAGGACGCAGCAUUUCUGUACAUCCUUGCUGCAUCUCUGCUACUUGAUCAGGCGGACGAAUUCUUGUUCGAUGGGACUGAAAUACUGGAGCCGAGGCCGAGCAGCUCGUGGCAGGUCGCCAAGAUGAUCCAGAUCCUGCAAGACCAUGCUGAAGAUUAUGAAUGGGCGAAGUGCUUCAUCGGAAACUGGCCGCUGUACACUAUCGGCUUUUUCAUGGAAACCCAAGAUGAGAUUGAGCUUGUGCGGGCGGACCUGCAGAGGAGAUGGGAUAUUUCGGGCUUCUCACAAGUGGCGCGAUUCCGAGGCGAGCUCGAGACUGCCUGGGCUGGAAGGGCGGCACCAGCAGAGUCUGCCAUUGUAGGGUUAUAG